UAUAUUAAUGUAUGAUAAAGCUACAUAAUAAUGAAUUUAAAAAUAUUUGUUCAACAUGCUGAUUUAUACUAAAACUUUAUUUUUUUAUGAGAAUACCAAAACCAAAACCUAGUUAUUACUAAUAUAUAAUAUAUUGAGUUUUAAGUUCCCUCUUUACAAAGAUAUCCCUCAGUUUUAACCUAAUUGAAGUCUUAAAAUUUACCACUAGCGACAUAUUACAGAAAAACAAAAAAACACAUUAGUUGUAAUCACAUACACAUAAUAUAAUGGACAUAAGGUUAUUGGAGGCUUCUCGAGCAGGAAGUACCAUGUUGUUACACCAAUUGCUUCAAGAGAGCCCUCUCAUUCUCCACACAAAUGCUCUUUUCUCAUCAGACAAUCCCUUACAUGUCGCCUCAUCGGCGGGCCACGUGGACUUUGUCAGGGAGAUUGUAAGGCUAAAACCAGAAUUUGUGAAGCAAGUGAAUGAGGAUGGUUUCAGUCCAAUUCACAUAGCUUCUGCAAAUGGGCAUUUGGAGAUUGUGAGGGAGCUUUUGAGGGUUGACCAAGGACUUUGCAGAAUAGAAGGAAGAAAUAAGUGGACUCCUUUGCAUUUUGCAGCCAGCAGAGGAUGGCCAAACCUUGUCAAAGAAAUGCUAUUAGUUUGUCCUCAGAGUCUCCAAGAUGUAACAGUGCAUAAAGAAACUUCUCUGCAUCUUGCCAUUAAGAAUAGUCAAUUUGAAGCAGUUACUCAUCUUUUAGUCAAGCUUAUUACUCUAAUUAUUAUUAAGAUUAAACUAGCUUUGUCUUUUGUUUUAAAAUAUUAGUUCUGUUUUAAUAAUAGAACAAAUCAAUUUUAACUUGUUCAUCUGUGUGUUAGUGUAUAUUAAUGCUA